GAAUUUCUGUGAACUACAAUGCCCAGGGCCUUGUGGUAUUUUUUUCCAGGGAACUUUGCAAACGCAAUGGCGAGGAAGUUGCAAAUGUCAGCGAGCAAAGGUAAUGUAGGUUCUCAAUUAAAGUAAAUCAACAAGGUAAAGUAAAACUCAAAGUGAGAGAUUGCUCUAAUUCUGUUUCAUUAUAAGGGCUGCGUCUUCCGUGCACACACUAUGCAUGUUGCUUAGGUGCAGACUACAGUAGGAUAGAUCUAUGCAGCAGCAAUCAAGGGACGCUUUAGUUCAACUAAUCGGCAUAGAUCUUAGUCGUUGGUAACAUAGUAAGACUUGUUUUGCCUCAUCAUGUUUUCUGCUUCGUUUAUGCGAGUUAUUCAGUGCAGCGAGAAGUUACAAGGCUCUCCAGGAAGGUGGUUGCUUGCACCCCAUGGGAAGGUGUUUCUAAGGACUUGGCGGUGUUUUAGGUGGGGGCAGGAAUUUGCUCACAGAGACCCUGUGUUGCGCCCUCGUAUGUUUUUCCAAGGUGCUAAACAAAAUAUCUGGACCCAGGAGGGGUCCCUCAGAGCUGGGAAUAAAAGCAAACAAGUAUCUGUGCAAAGAAGUCAAAAAGGAGCAGCACCCGUGUCGGCUGCUCAGAAAGUGAAAGAAGCUGGAAGGGAUUUUACCUACUUAAUAGUGGUGCUCGUUGGGAUUGGUGUUACAGGUGGUUUGUUCUAUGUGAUUUUUAAAGAACUAUUCUCUUCCUCCAGUCCCAGUAAGAUCUAUGGCAAUGCCUUGGAGAAAUGCAGAUCUCACCCAGAGGUAAUAGGUGUUUUUGGUGAACCCAUUAAAGGUUAUGGUGAGCCAACGCGACGAGGAAGACGACAGCUUGUUAGUCACAUUGAGUAUGUAAAAGAUGGAUUGAAAUACAUGCGCUUGAAGUUCUACAUUGAGGGCUCAGAACGUGGAAAGCAAGGGACAGUCCAUGUGGAAGUGAAAGAGAAUCCUGAAAGCAGAAGAUAUGAGUACCGUUACAUAUUUGUGGACAUUGAGGCCUACCCUAGAAGAACUAUUGUAAUUGAAGAUAAUAGAUAGUAAUUUGGCUCUUUCACUAUUCCAGUUCUUGAAGAGUGCUGAAUGAUGCACAGUCUGUACAAAUGAAUGCCGAGUGAUGCAGCAUACCAUCUACAAUUUCACAAUCUUACUCCCUUACUUACAUCUGUGGAAUCUCAUUGAAGGCAGUGGGGUUGCACGGGUGUAACUGGGGCAAGAAGAGAGUUGGUUACUAUCAGUAUUUAUAAUGGAAGUAUAAUAGGAUUUGAAGUGAACCAAAUUUUAAAAUAGUGUCAUCCUUUAUGGCAAAAAGACAUGAAUCAGGAAAGAAGAGUUAUACAACUAAUUUAAUGCUGGAUAGUAUUUCUACUCACAACCCCUAAUAUAGUCUUCCAACAUUGCAGAAUUGUUUUUUGUUAAUAUUUAACAGCACUUCAAUAAAGAAUGACAUACAAAAUAUA